AUGGCUUCUGGAGGAGAUGCUCUUCUUGCUCUUACGGGCAGACGUACGACCGGUCAAAGCAUCCGCACUCAAAAUGUAACGGCAGCUGUAGCAAUCGCGAAUAUCGUCAAGUCAUCGCUGGGUCCUGUUGGACUUGACAAAAUGCUUGUAGAUGAUGUUGGAGAUGUCAUUGUUACAAAUGAUGGCGCCACGAUUUUGAAGCAGCUAGAAGUGGAACACCCUGCCGGAAAAAUCCUUGUGGAGCUAGCACAACUUCAAGAUGAUGAGGUGAGUAGAUUAUUGCGUUAG